CCUCUCUCCGCCCUCAGCGGGAGGAGGCUGCGUCAAGCGCGCUCCUCCUCUCCUCCUCUCCGUGUCGCCGCUGCGCGCUUCACGUCUCCAUCACAGGAGCGCACACAGGAUGGAGUCCCUUUUGAACCAGUGGCUGUGGCAGGAGGAGUACUGGCUUCCCCCUGGUAUCCACUGGCAGGACGUUGACAUGAAGGGGGAGGACGGCCACUUUCCUCUACCCAGGGACCUCAUCUACACCUUGCCUCUGGCCUUCACCUUUAUAGCCCUCAGAUAUGUUUUUGAGAGGCUCAUCGCCGUCCCAUUCAGCAAACAUUUAGGUGUGAAGGAUCGGAUUCGGAUUCGAGCCGCUUCCAUCCCAAAGCUGGAGACCUUCUACAAACAGAGCAGUCGGCAACCAUCGCAAAGUGAGGUGGUGAACCUGGGGAAGCAGUGUGGCCUCUCACAGAGAAAAAUACAGACCUGGUUCAGACACAGAAGGAACCAGGACCGACCCAACAACACCAAAAAGUUCUGCGAGGCCUCUUGGCGGUUUGUCUUCUACCUUGUGGCCUUCACAGCCGGGCUCGGCUCUUUGAUUAACAGUCCGUGGCUGUGGGAUCACAGAGAGUGUUGGAGGGGAUAUCCUAAACAGCCCGUGGCCAAGGCUCAUUACUGGUAUUACAUCCUGGAAAUGGGAUUCUAUUUGUCGCUGCUCAUGUGUGUCUCUGUGGAUGUGAAGCGAAAAGAUUUCAAGGAGCAGGUCAUUCAUCACAUUGCCACCAUAUUCCUCAUCGGUUUCUCCUAUUGCUCCAACUAUGUGAGAGUUGGCACGCUGGUGAUGCUGGUGCACGACUCUUCUGACUUCCUCCUUGAGUCUGCUAAGAUGUUUCACUAUGCCGGCUGGACGAGGACGUGUGACUCGCUGUUUGUCGUCUUCGCUGUUGUCUUCCUUGUCACGAGGCUGGUGGUGUUUCCUGGCAGAGUGAUCCACACAACCCUGGUGGUGUCUGCAGAAUUCUUCCAGCCCUUCUUUGGUUAUUAUUUCUUUAAUGCUCUGCUGUUAGUGCUGCAGGUCCUGCACAUCUUCUGGGCUUAUCUCAUCCUGCGCAUGGUCUACAAGUUUGUGUUCAUGGGCAAGCUUGAGCGCGAUGAACGCAGUGAUGCGGAGAGUGAGGUGGAUGAUGAAGAGGAGGAGCCUGAGGAAGAAGGUGAGGAGAGCAGCUGGGCACAAAGAAAGGGAGCCAUCAACUCCAAAUUGGCGUCGCUUGCUCACAACUGUGUCCUGAACAAUCUGACCAACCAGAGGAAUAUAAACAGCAGACUGCCCAAAGCCAGAUAGUGGAGAAGCCCCCUUGCUCGUGUACCAAGACUCACUGGAAAAAUAGUUAUUUCCCCCAGCACCUAUUGGAAGUGAACUUACUGCUGACAUAUGAUAUAUACAUAUGGCUUGUGAACAUCCAACAUGGUCCAUUGAUGAAUUCAGAUCAGAGUGUAGGUCUGCAUUCUAUUUAUCUUUCAAAAUAAAUAAAUAAAUAAAAUAAGGCACAGAUGAUUGUAGAUCUUAGGAACACACGCCAUCAUUACUGUCAACCUUACGACUGCUUAUUGUAAUUGGCAAAACAAGGAGUAGAAGUUCAUCCUAUAUGUGAUGUUUUUCCAAUCUUUUUUUAUUUUUGCUGUUUGUUUUCACUGUGUUAUUAUAACGUGUUUGUAAAUACCUAAGUUUAGAAACUGUGCAUUUAGCUAUUCUUUGGUCAACAAGAGAAACUAAAUAUUUCAUGCAAAAUCAAGCUGUUAUCUUAUAUGUAAUAUGUAAACUAAAGUUAGAAUGAGGUUGUCAUUAACUCCCCAGCUUGGUUUCCACAUACACUGCAUGGUUGAUUGUACAGACACGACUGAGGACAUUGAUUGUAGAAAAUCUGUUGACAAACCACUUUAGAGACUAUUUUUAUGAUCCUUCUACGUCACAGAUAAUUUAUAUAAUGUUUUUUCUGUGGCAGAAUUCAGUUCUUCAAUUAUAAAGUUAUAUUUUUGAUUGGAGGAUUUGAUUUAGGCUGUGGAUGUAGUCACUUACGCUUUAGCUCGAUGCUUAAAAGAGAUGUGGCGCCCCCUGGUGAGCAAAGAAGAACAUAUCCAAAUAGAGAUGACGCGCCACAUGUCUCAAGAUGAUGCCUUUAGGAAAAACAGUACUUAAAUCAGGCGUGCGUGUUUUCUACUUGACAGGCACCAUGAAUUGUUUUUGUUAAGGUUUGUUCCAUUGUACUUUGUUUUGUGCCUUGACUGCUGUUUUUUUUACACUAGCACUUGAUAUUAUGCUCUGUGUGGUACCUUCACUGGACAAACACAUGGGCCAGGCCUUACUGUGACUCAUUUCUCAUCCUCAAUGUUAUUCUUGAGUGGUUGGUGAGGCUGGUUACACCUGGGUAAGCCAUAAAGAGUCAGGGCAUUAGAUAGGCAUCAGUGAAACGUUAGAUAUUUUAGCAAAGUUAUCUACAAAGGUCAAAUGAUUUAAGGCUCAGGUGAAGAAAAGUCUUAGUGAAAUGUAGAGUUUUAAUUGUUUUUAUAAACGCUGAGAGCCUAUUUUGAUACGAGUGGACUGGGCUGUAAUAUCAAGGAUUUCACAUGUAUUUAACCAACAUACUGGACCACAGAUCUGAGUCGUUGUAUUGAAUGUUGUUUGGCUCAGGACAGUACAACACAGCGAUAUUGUUCAUGAAAUGCACUGCUCAUACAGAGUUUGUCUUUCACUGCCAUAAAAUGGUGUUACAUUUUCAUAGGACAGUAAGGGCGACUCUUUGAGAUAAGUGGUUGCUGUCUCCACCUCCUGCAUCUAAUUUUAUAUUAAGAAUAGAAACAGGGCUGAGUGUGACUCUGAAGAGGGUCUCCAGACUGCUACAGUAUGUGAGCUUUAAAAUGACCAAGAUAUAGAGAACGUAAAGGGCUGACCCACCGAAUAACACACCUGUGACCCCACUACGAUAUUGAUAUUUAUUAAAGAGAGAAAAAGAACUGGCAAAAAGCAGGAGAGAUGCCAUGUUACCACUCAGGUGACACUUAACUGUUCUCUUAUGAGUGUACAAGGAUACUCUGUUGAUUGUGUGGGAAGUUGAAGUUUUAAUAAAUUCUACUGAAGAAAUUUA